GAUUUAUUUCAUUCCUUCUUAGGAACAGCAAAAAAAGGAAAGAUAAUAAAUUUAAGGUAUCAUUCGUUUGUUCAAAUAUAUUAACAUUAUUUUUAUUGAUUCAUCAUUAUCAUUUUACAAUGUCAAAUAGGGUCGAGGAGAUAUAUUCUUCACAGGAUGAUGUGGUCGAUAAAGCCUCCCUGAAUCGUAAUGGUCAGGGAGAGGGAGAUUCGAAGACCUCUCCCAAUCCAUCCGAAGAGAGCAAGAAAACAGACGAAAAACAACAUUCUAUUGAAGUUGAUGAGAUAGAAUGCGAACACAUCAAAGAGAUAGGUAAUGAUUUAUUUAAACAAGGGAAAAUUUCAGAGGCCUUGGCAGAGUAUCGUAAGGCGCUUCUCAAAGCACCUAUUAAAAAAAUUCCCACGCCCUCCACCCAAGACCCCUUCCGGCACGAUAAAGCGGCCAAAUUCCCGAACGAAGACAACUUCGCUAACUGUGAAGCUAAGGUUGAGAAUGAAGCUUCUGGAUCCAAAACUUUGGAUCCAAACGAUUCCUCAACAGAAAAAGGCCAGGAAAGCAACGCUAAUUACAUUUUAACGUCUCAAAUAUUCUGCAAUGCUGGGGUUUGUCUAAUCAAGCAAGGUGAAAAGGAAGAAGCGAUAGAAAUGCUUUCCGAAGCUAUUCGACAUAAUCCGAACUAUUCAAAAGCCUUUUUACGCCGUGCGGGGGCCUAUUUCGAUCUCGAUAAGUGGUCCAGCGCCUACGGCGAUUACGAAAGCUACGAAAAGCUAGGAGGGAUACUGGACGCGGACGGAAGGGGACGAAAGGCAGCCGCAAAAGUAAAAGUGGAUGAGGAAAUGUCAAAAAUGUUGGGCGAUUUGAAGGACUUAGGAAAUCGUUUUCUCGGAAACUUUGGCUUAUCUACGGAUAACUUCAAGUUUGACAAGGAUCCGAAUACGGGUGGGUACUCGAUGCGAUUUGAGCGUUGA